CUUAAAAGAAUCGCCUCCAGAGUCCAAAUCUCCAUCGCUUUUCAAAAGCAUCUAAACAUGGCCACAAGGAAAUAUGUCCGUAGAUCAAUUCAGGAAAAAAAGCGUCUAUUGGAGAAAUAUGAUCAACUUCCUCCAAUGUCCCAUAGCGCUGCUGCGCGUCUGCUAAACGUCUCAGGAUCUCUGCUUUCUUUCUGGCUCCGGAAAAGGAAUAUGAAAACUGCCAAGUCUAAACUUCCCAGGACUGUCUUUCCAUCUCGCAAGACGCCUCGCGUUGAAGCUGCACUGUGGAAGUGGGUCGAUACUUGUCUCGAGAACGGUAUUACAGUCAAUGAUUUGGUAAUUCGUAAAAAAGCGACUCAAGUGGCUAAAGAAAUGGGUCUCCACAAUUUCAGGGCGAGCACAGAGUGGUUGACACGCUUCAAAACCCGGGAGGGAGUAAUACGACAGAUGUUUGACCGAAAAGACGCGCCAGAAGAGCCCAAAUCUUGUAAUACAGCGGCGGAGCGGGUUAGAGAGCAUAAGAAAGACCUCACAACCAAACCGACGCACCGAAUCGAAGCUGCGCUGUGGCGGUGGAUCGAUUAUUCCCGAGAGAACGGUAUUCACGUAAAUGAAUCAAUGAUUCGUUCAAAGGCGGCUCGGUUGGCCAGGACGGUGGGUCACCGUAACUUCAGGGCGAACACAGACUGGUUCACGCGCUUUAAAACCCGAGAGGGAGUAAUACGAGCGAUGUUCCAGAAUCGACCAGAAGAGCUCACAUAUGAAAAUAAGGCGGUGGUGCCAAGGAUGGAUUUUACAUCUACAAAGAUCCUACAAAUUGAAGGCGCGCUUUGGAGAUGGAUCGAUCGCUCUCGUGAGAACGGCAUUACAGUAAACGAGUUAAUGAUUCGUUCAGAAGCGACUCGGUUGGCUAGGAUAAUGGGUUUCCGUAACUUCCGGGCAAGCAGAGACUGGUUCAGCCGCUUUAAAAUCCGGGAGAGAGUCGUACGCGGGAUGUUGCUGGUCGACCAGCCUUCAGAAAACACACCAAGUGACCAAACUGAUGACGAAAGCGCGUCCGAACACGAGCGUGUAAUGCAAGCCAGCAUGAGCCAAUCUAACUAUGAAAGCCAAGCACUAGCGGAUCUGGACGUCCCAAAACUCGAUCCAGCAGUGGUCACAGCUGAGCUCAAUGGCGAUUUACACUCUGUCACUGUACCCUCACUGUGGCAAAUGAAGGAGGCUAUGAAAACACUGGCGACCGGCUUACUGUACAGAGGAUUCUGCGACUUUAAACUGCUUCAUCAAUUUGAAAAAGAGGUUGAAACUGUUGUGAGAAGAUCUUUGACCAUGGGAUCAUAAAAUCCUGGUUUAAAUGCAUCUGUAUUGAAGUCUACAGUUGACUUUUAGAGAGUAGUGUGUAGUGUAAUAACGGGACAGGUGCUACGCAAACGCGCUCUCUCAGAUGACCACAUGGAGGCGCCAAGUGUUUAACACAUUCCCCAAUAUUGGGGGGGGAUAAGUGGUUCCAUCAAGUGUUCAUUUUAAUCCACCUUUUAUUUUGUAGCAUUGAUAUGUAUUGCAUUAUUAAGGUCUUUAAUUUGUCAUUUGAUUUUGGCUUGAAUUUUUAAGCCUUGUUUUAAUGAUAUAUAUAUUGUUUUUUUUACAUAAAAGCUUUAAUAAAAUACCAUGUUGCUGACUUCUUCUCAUUUUGUACAUGAAUAACAGUAAAUCAGACAAAAUAUUAGCUUUUUUUUUUUUUUUACUGAAGCUUAUAAAGCAAGACAGAAUAAAUUACCAACCUCCUAUAUGAGUAGGGCUGUGUAACCUAAUUUGCAUAAACAUGAGUAAUUUAUGAAUAAUAAAUGUCCUUGUAUUCAGCGUGAUCCAUUAAUUUGCAUAUCACCAUGGCACUAGAGUUAUUUUUCCUGUGUGCUGUGCUACCAUGAAGCGAUAAGAGCCUGCACAAAACUGAAUCAAAAGGUGAGUGUUUAUUGCCUUUUUACACUCUAGUCUCCUGCUGUAGUUGAUAUAUAUGUUUUAAACUAAAUAACUUUGUUUGUUUUUUUUUCUCCCAUGCUUUUGAGAGGGCAUAGGCUGUUGUAUGCUUGUAGUGAUGUUGUCAGUAUGUGACUGCAAUCACUAUCAUGUACUAGUGCUCUGUCAUUGUGUGAAUUGCAUAAACAUGAUGUUUCGUUGCAUUAUUGAUGAGAUCCGAGCUCUGCCGUAUAGGUGAAGUGAUGGAUCAUGAGUGUAUUGUUGUCUACACCAAAGAUGAUACCAAAUAUAUAAAUAUGUCUUUUAAUGGCAGCUUCUCGGACCCUUGAUCAGUGUUUAUAUUUUAUUGUUUUUAUCAUUAUCAGGUGGUCUGGUGGAAUGAAAAGCACAGGUAUGGUUACAGCAUUCUGCUGCCGUAUAAGAUUCCUACUUGUGAAUCCAUCAGAGGUCAUUUGCAUGAUCUGUUUGUCAUGCAGCAUCUGAUUUCUGCUAUCAGCAGCACUGCCUUCAGCCUAGAAAUGCAGGCUUUGGGUUGCCAAGGAAAUUCACAGUUUGACAUUUGUGUGUAAUGCAGGUGGAGAUGAGUAAGGUGUCAGAGCUUUUAUCCUUAAAUUGUGAAUAUAUUCUGGCAGAUGACUUUAUUAUCAGCUGAUGUCUUUGGGUGUUGUUGUUUCAGUCUGUACUGAAAUCAGAUGUGUCCCACACUCUCCUCAGUUUAUCUUUAUUUAUCUGUCAAUAUUUCCUCUCUGUAAUUUCUACAAAUGAUACAUACUGAUGGUUAUGAAUAAAUCAAUGUCCGGCCAUGGCAAAUUGAUAGAAAUGUCUUGUAUACUGUCGACAUGAUGAACAGCUGUCACUGUGUCCCCCGAAUCACCCAAAUAUGCAAGAUUAUUGUGUGGAGGCUCGCUGUUGAGCUCUGAGCAAAUCAGUAGAGCUUUAAUAAACUUAUGUUGUAUUCAA